UUCAGAGCAUUUCAUGGUACAGGGCAAGCAAGAGUGUCACUACACCAAUGGCUCCCGCCGGGUGAGGUAUCUGGACCGGGAGAUCUGGAACCAGGAGCAGUUCAUUCACUUCGACAGUGAUGAGGGCAGGUGGGUGGCCGACACAGAGCUGGGCGAGCCUUAUGCCAGGUACUGGAACAGCCAGAAGGACGUACUGGAGUACAGACAGGGCUCAGUGAACACAUUCUGCCGACACGACUACCAGGCGAUCACACCUUAUUCAGUGGCCAGAACAGGUGCGUCCCUGGAGACUGGGGCAGUGUUUGGUGGUCGUGAGGACAAGUAACUGCAGGGGAGACUUUCCCAUGCCCCCCUCCCCACUUCUAUCCCCACUAGUGGUCAGAGACAGCUGCCUCCAUGCAUGCAAGCAGGGCAGAGGCAGAGCUGCUCCCACAGGAGGAAGGGCAAAGGAAGGGGGCUCAUUUGAUGUGGGAAGGGCCAAAGGAUCACAUGGAUCCA